AUGGGUACUGCAACAGCGCAAUCCGGACUUAGCAGCUCGGUCAUGCACCGCGAUCUGCACGCGGCCCCGAAACGCGCCGUGGGUGCUGAAGGCAACUAUGUCAUUCUCGAAGAUGGACAGAGACUCCUGGACUCGACUGGUGGUGCCGCUGUCAGCUGCCUCGGCCACGCGAACGAGCAGGUAAAAGAGGCCAUCAAGAAGCAAAUGGACCAGCUUUCGUACUGCCAUACAAUGUUUUUUGCCACGGACGUCUUUGAGGAGCUUGCAGCGUUCUUGAAGGAGUCUACUGGCGGAAAAAUGUCCAGAUUAUUUGUUGUCAGCUCUGGCUCCGAAGCCAUGGAAGCUGCCAUGAAAUUGUCUCGUCAAUACUUCCUCGAACUUCCCACUCCAGAGCCGAAGCGCACAAGAUUCAUUGCCCGGCAGCACUCUUUUCACGGCGUCACACUGGGUUCUUUGUCUAUGGGUGGUCAUGUUUUCCGCCGCGAGCUGUUCGAACCGCUUCUACUCCCAAACAUUUCCCACGUUUCACCCUGCAAUGCAUAUAGGGGCAAGAGAGAUGGCGAAUCAGAUGCAGAUUAUGUAGGAAGACUUGCUGCCGAGUUGGACGCCGAGUUCCAGCGAGUUGGCCCCGAAACUGUGUGUGCGUUUGUUGCGGAGCCUGUCGUCGGUGCUGCACUCGGCUGCGUGCCUUCUGUGCCAGGCUAUUUCGCAGCGAUGAAAGCGGUAUGCGACAGGUAUGGUGCCCUCCUGAUCAUGGACGAAGUGAUGUCAGGAAUGGGUCGCUCUGGAACGCUGCAUGCCUGGGAACAAGAAGGCGUUGCGCCUGACAUUCAGACCAUAGGAAAAGGCCUUGGUGGAGGUUAUGCUCCCGUCUCAGGUGUGCUGAUUGGCAAUAAAGUAGCUGAAGUUAUGGAUAAGGGAACCGGAGCAUUCCGCCAUGGUCAGACAUAUCAAGGCCACCCCAUUGGUUGUGCAGCAGCAUUGGCCGUCCAGAAGGUCAUCAAAGAGCAGAAUCUACUUCAAAACGUGAGAGAAAUGGGUGCGCUGCUCGAGUCGAAGUUAAGAGAGUAUAUCGGCGAUCAUCCAAAUGUGGGCAAUAUCAGAGGCAAGGGUCUAUUCUGGGGUAUCGAAUUCGUGAAGGACAAGGCAACAAAAGAGCCUUUUGACCCCAAGCUUGCUGUCGGUGCGCGGGUUCAGAAUACGGCUCUAACACCUAAGUAUAGUUUCUCCAUCUACGCUGGUGGCGGGACCAUGGAUGGAAAACGCGGCGAUCACGUCCUUCUUGCCCCCGCUUAUAAUAUUACAGCAAAUGAGGUGGACAAGAUUGCACGCUUAACCGCCGCCGUCAUCGUUGAGGUGUUCAAUGAGGUCAAUGAGGUCAGCGCCUCCACGUAAUGAAACUCUCCCUCAAGAUGUUCAUUUGAAGCUUCUGUCUGGAUACACACACAAGUCUUGGCCGCGAAUAUCCUGAAGGAAUACAAAACGAUGAGCAGCAUUACUGGCUCAAAUAAUCA